CUCAAGAUGUAAUAAAAUCUCUCGGACCAAUGAGCUCAGUUCGUGCAUAUGCUUCUGUUGCAAAAUUAGAUGGUGAUCUUUACGUGAUUGGAGGUGGUGAUAGUACUGUGUGGUACAAUACAGUCGAAUCAUACUGCCCUGCUGAGGACCAAUGGAAAAUUUGCCCUUCUUUGAGAGAGAAAAAAGGGAGCUUAGCUGCAGCUACCGCAAACAACAAAAUUUUUGCAAUGGGUGGCGGCAAUGGACUUGGUUGUUUUUCUGAUGUCGAGAUGCUUGAUAUAGAUGUUGGUCGAUGGAUCCGUACACAGUCGAUGCUACAAAAGAGAUUUUCUCUUGCUGCAGCAGAAUUAAACGGGGUACUUUACGCUACUGGAGGCUAUGAUGGGAAUGGUUAUUUGAAGUCGGUUGAUAGGUUUGAUCCGAGGGAGCAUAGUUGGAAGACAGCCCCUUGUAUGAAUUCAAAAAGGGGUUGCCAUUCAUUGGUUGGGUUAAAUGGAAAAUUGUAUGCCCUGGGUGGUUAUGAUGGAGAGUCCAUGGUGUCAAGUGUAGAAAUUUUUGACCCACGCCUUGAGUCAUGGAUGCCUGGCGAACCAAUGAACUACACUAGGGGAUAUUCCGCUGCAGCUGUUGUCAAUGAUGCCAUUUAUGUAAUUGGAGGGGUGCAAGAGAGUGCCACCAUUGCAGAGACCGUAAGUUACACAAUGCAUCCAUACCUUAUGUAUAUAUGGACAACACUUUUAUGCGGAACUUUAACAGUUGCAUUAACAUAAUGGUAUAGGUUGAAUGCUACAGGGAGGGCCAAGGUUGGCAAGAAAUGAAUGGGGUGACUAGCAAAAGGUGCUUCCUGUCGGCCAGUGCUUACA